AUGCAGCGGAAUCUGUCGGCUCUCCGUCUGAUUUCGCAGAGGACCAUAAGUACUGCUUCAUGCAGGCAUUUUGAAAAUAAAGUUCCAGACAAGCAAAAUCUGUUUCAGGAGGAUAAUUGGAUUCCAGUUCACUUAAAGGGUGUGCUGGCUUGGUGCCCUCCUACUGUUAUAUAUAUAACCAUGGUUCUUACAGUUGGAGGAACAGCAGGUGCCAUAUAUCUGCUGGCUGUGGCUUCAUUUCCCAAAAAGCAGGAUUGA